UCCAGCGUUACACCGGGAGCUGUCAAGUGGAACCAUUGACAACAGGAGACUCUCCCCUGUUACCUGUGCUUCCUAUAGGAUGGCCCAGGCAGACAGUAAGGUGCUGGUGCUGGGAGCGUUGGCCGGGGUGGCUGGCGUCAGUUUGGCUGUGGCGUGGUACAAAGGCUAUAAAUCUAAACGAAGAGCCUCAAUGCCAGCGUACUACCUCAACUGCACUAAUGAGCGGGCCGGUAACCUCAUGUUCGUAGAUAGUCCAAGUCUGGCUCCGGGCCAGGCAGAGGUUCUGGACCGGCUUGAAGCACUGAUCCAGUGUGUGUCCGAGCUGAAGGAUGAGAUGAAGGCGCUGAAGAACGCUCUGCCAACCCUGCAGGACCAAGUCAGGGAGGAGCUGAGGGGACGUGAGCGCGCAGAAGCUCGUCGUGUAAGUCCUCUUCACAGAACAACACCGACAAGACGGAAAAGACCCGCUGGAAUCGUGAGUGGGAGCAGAAGUGGAGGUCGGAGUUCAGAGGAAGCAGAGAGCGAGGGAGGGUAUAUCACUGCACUGACUGACUCUGACGAAGAAGAGCUGAGUGAUGCAGAACAGAGGGAUGAAGAACAACCUGCAGACAAACUAUCCAUCCUCCUGGAGAGGAUCGACCGUUUACACCAAGGCACUGAUUCCGACAAACGAGAAAGCCUCAGCAUCCUUUUAGAGCAGCAAGAGGAGUUUGGACAGAACUCCACCUUCCUUUGGCGGCUAAUUCGAGCUUACUGCGACCUUCACGAUGCCAGCUCCACAACAGAAGAGAAGAAGACCCAUGCAGAAACUGGGAAAAGAGUCGGUGAAGAGGCAGUGAGGCUGAACCCUACAUGUGCUGAAAGUCAUCAGUGGUACGCCAUCAUGUGUGGAAUCAUGGCAGAGUACGACACUGUACAGAACAAGAUCAAGAACGGGUACAUCUUCAAGGAUCAUCUGGAUAAAGCCAUUGAGCUGAACCCACAAGACCCCUUGUCCUACUACCUGCUGGGCCGCUGGUGCUACGCUGUGGCUCAGUUGUCAUGGCUUGAGAGAAAAGUUGCUGCCACGUUAUUCGGAGAACCACCGAGCGCCACAGUCGAAGAUGCACUGAAAAAUUUCCUUAAGGUUGAAGAGAUCCAUCCAGGAUAUUCCAAACUCAACUAUGUGUUCCUAGCCAAGUGCUACAAAGACCUCGGGCAAAGGGAUAAAGCACGGAAGAUGUGCGAAGCUGCUUGUUCAAUGAACGCCAUCGCCAAAGAGGCUGACGAGGCGCAGAAGGAGCUGGACGUACUUUGCCCGUUGCUUGGAGUGUGAUGCCACCCCAGCUAUAACACAUUUUGGAAAGUUAUUUUCCAUGUGCUGCAGGCAGUGUGUGUGUUGAGAUCCCUGAGUUUAAUUCACUCUGUGAGUGGUGGGGUUUUAUGUCAUCAUGGAAGCAACAGGCGGCCACAGUCUGAACCAUCCUUCAGCUUUAGAAAUCGGACCCGUAGACUAACUUACAUAGCGGAAAACAAACUCUAUGUGUAUCAUUAUUUAUUUGUAUCAUUACAGAUUCCUCACUCAACAAAUUCUCAAGUUUGCUGUUAUCAAGAGAAAUCAGAUGAAUGUCCUGUAAACUGUGUGAUUGCUCGUGUGUAUAUUCAUCUUCUCAGACGUCUGAUUGCUCCGAUAGCGAAUGAAUCUCCCGUGUGUUUCAAGGAUACCAAGUUUCCUCGACAACAAAGAUGUCUCACUUUUUAGGAAAUUGACCCACAGGACUUGUCGUUCUUUCGUGUUCCCAUCCGGUUUCUGUUGUGUCUCCGACCAGACAUCCAAGUGGGAAUAACAAAAGCACAUCAGACAAAGGCGCACCCAAACAAAGAUCUUGGAAUGCCGUGACCACUGGAUGACCUUGUGCCCUCUUCACGUUGUCCUCAUUUCGUCUCCGUUCGACUGCAUUUACAUGUUCACAGAUUUAAGGAGUGAAUAUUUCCCACACAUUUGAUUGUGCAAUCAAAACGCAUGUUAUCUUUUUAAAAUGUUUUUACAAUCUCCAGUGUGAGGGAUGAUUUAUUGCAGUUGUUUGCUUUGGCAUCCGUCGUUCCAUUGAAGCCUCUCAUUUAUCUCUUUUUACUCAGGUCCUGUGACAGUAAUGUCACUUCAAUACAACUGCAGUUUAUCAAAUGAAACAUUAUAAAAACAUAUCACGCAGACACAUGACAAAUUAAAGGAAAACUAAUAUAAACUGUCCCAGAUAUCUGUAUCCUGCAUUUAUCCAAAAAACACUCCAUCAUCAGACCAGUUCCCAAACCAGAAAUAACCUUUAACCUCUGCUCAUUUAUGAUUUCCAAGGUGUGUUAUGAAUGCACAUGAACAGAGAUAUGUGCAAUCAGAACAACAAAACAUGUUCAAAGAAAUGAACCCAAUCCUGUCCAAAGUACCACAAAUUUUUCUAUCUUAUUAACAGUCACUUUUAGAGAAAACAUAGUCAUGGUCAGAAGUUUUAACAGUGAUACAAAUUGAGUCUUUGAUAAAUGUAAUUUAUUUGGCAGUUACAGUCAUUGAAACUUAGAAAAUGUGUAUAAUUCUUGUAUCUCAGUUUACCUUAGACACUCAUCCAAAGAAAAUUGUUAAAAUAGCAUCAGCAAUGUUUGCAAAAAUGGAAUUUCUGUCACUGCCAUCACUUUACUGUUCAUUCAUUCAUUCAUUCGCUCGUUCAUUCAUUCAUUCAUUCAUUCAUUCAGUUUUUGUUUUUUUUUAACCCACCACCAACUUAUUCAUCAAUAUUAAUUCAAGAGUGGAUUCAGAAGACUGUUCCACAUCAGCACAAGCCAUAUUGGUUGUUCAGAAAAUACCUUCAACUCCACUCCUGUGCCAUCAAAUCAAAGCUGCCCUCAGAGAAAUAUUGGCAAAUUUUGCAGAUCAUUAGGAGCAGAGCCAAUGAAUCUGACAAAGCAAACGAAACAUGAACGUGAGGAUCCAUAACCGCUUUUAGGUGCCAAAUAGAUUGAAAUCUGGUGACGAUGAAGGCCAUAGCAUAUGAUUCACAUCGCUUUCAUCUUAAUCAACCCAUUCAGUGAGCCGUCAUGUCCUGCAGAUGGUACAUUAUUUACCCCCCCCCCCCCCCCCCCCCCCCCCCGGUUUUUUUCCUUUAAUUUGUCAUGUGUCUGUAGAACCACAUACAUACUCGUUCUUUUACUCACCGUAAAACUCACCACUAUGCUCUUUAUUUUUCACACUUAGACAAAAGGAAAAUGUCCUCCAGCUACUGUUGUCUUUUGAACAUUUGCUGGGUGAUUAUAAAGUUCAACAGAGAACCCUCAUACGCUUCACUUUUGCAUUUAAUGUGGUUGUUCUGCACCCAAGCAAAACCACUUUACUUACUUUACAGUGAAUGUGGCUUGUAGAUGACUAGAUUACUGGUUUUGUUCAAGCCAACAUGAGUUAAAAAAACACCUUUGUUCCUUUAUUCACAUGAGCCACCAUAUUUUUAUUUAUUUUUUUGCACAUACUGACAAAGGAGGGAGUGUUUUUUUUUACAUAUUAAAACCCUAUUAAAUCAGCCUUAUUGGUGUAAAUGCAGUCACUGAGGGGUAAUGAUGGACUGUCGGUACAGUCUCAAAGCUUUGACAUGAUGUAAUAACGUGCACAACUGCAUUCUUGGGUUGUUCCCAUGCUGCAGAUCUGCAUGACUUGACCGAAGCCAUGACCAUCCCAUGCAUUCCCUAAUUAAUUCAUUCACGUGCAUUAAUGUUUUUACCAUGGGAUGCAUUUUUGCAUAAUUUAUGAAACCAAAAACUGUUUACUUUUAGAUUUGUAUAACAUUUAAAUCAGUUUAUCGUGUAUUUUAAAGCUAUGUUCCUGAACUGUCAUUUGCCACUUUACAGAUUUUUCUAUCAGCACUAUGAAUGUAUUGUGUGUUUAUAAUUUUUUUUUUUUUUUUUGGGUUUUUGUUUUAAUCGGAAAGCCAGGAUAUUCAUCAUGGUUAUGUCAGAUUUAAUACACUACAUAGAAAUUAUACUGUAAAAUAUCAUAGCCUGUAUGAUGGAAUAAAGAUACUGGAGUCUAUAAUUAAAUUUCUGCAAUCCUAA